AUGGCUCUCGCCCUGACCUUCUCGACGGGGAAAGCCAGUCUGGACGAAUUGACGCGGGAGCUGGAAUCCCAGGACCUUCCUCCAGGAGCAGGAAGACGGCAGAUCUCGGCGCACCAAGUCAACCUAGAGUCCACGGACGAAAUCGACCGGCUCUUCGUCGAGAUCCAGCACGUCCACGGCAAGCGGCCAGACGUCCUCGUCGCCAACGCCGGAUACGCCAAGGUGAUCCCCAACAUCGCGGACGUGUCGCUGGAGGAGUUCGACCGGACCAUCGCCGUCAACCUGCGAGCGACAUUCCUGCUGGUCAAGUUGGCGCUGCCGGCGAUGAUGGAGCAGGGCUGGGGGCGCAUCGUGUUUGUGUCGAGCAUCGCCGCCGAAGGAGGGGGCAUCAACGGGUGCCACUACGCCGCGUCCAAGGCCGGUAUGAACGGCAUGAUGAGAAACCUUGCAACCAAGCACGCCAGACACGGCAUCACGGUCAACAGCCUCGCGCCCGCCGUGAUCGGGGGCACGGGCCUGAUCCCGGAUGAGAGCAUGUUGAAAGGCACGCCCGGCGACGUCAAGAACAUCCCCGUGGGCAGGUUAGGCACGCCGCAGGAAUGUGCCAACGUGGUCGAGAUGAUUUGUACGACGGGAUACCUGACGGGCCAGAAUAUUCUGCUCACGGGGGGCCUCAAGUAG